AACUGAACAAACAAUAUGCAACCUGAACGUGCCCUUAAAGACAGUCGCUUUCCUCCAAUGACGAGGGAAGAACUACCACGGCUUUUUUGCUCGGUGUCUCUUCUUACCAACUUUGAAGAUGUUGGGGACUACCUAGAUUGGGAGGUGGGUGUACAUGGCAUUAGAAUAGAAUUCAUCAAUGAAAAAGGAUCAAAACGAACCGCCACAUACCUGCCGGAGGUUGCGAAGGAGCAAGGUUGGGACCACAUUCAAACCAUAGAUUCCUUGCUACGAAAGGGAGGUUACAAGCCUCCCAUCACGAAUGACUUCAGGAAGACAAUUAAACUGACUAGGCUUGCCUACUUGGAGCCCCAUUUAAACAAUUCCAAUACUGGUAACAUUUGAGGACCAUUGCAGUGAUUGUUGAACAGCAAGGACUCCUAGAAAAUAAAUAGUUUAAGAUCUGCGUGAAUCUACUUUUACAAAUCUCUUACUCUAGAAGAUUGCAAAAGUAAAUAUACUUUUGGUACUUGGUUAGUGAUAUUUAUUCAAAUAUUCAUGUCAUGAUGUACUAGAGUGAACUAUCUAAAAUUCUGUGUAGUUGAACUUUUAAUGCUAAUUAAAAUGUGACCACCCCAAAUAUCCAAGCUUAAAAGUACAAAAAUGUUUCUGAACAACAUUAUUUCUCUGACCAACAUACUUUGACUCACUUAAAAACAAAUUGUUGCUUCUGCUCCCAUGAAGUUGUCAGUAUGUUGGGUUGCUUAUUUUUUGGCUCUUGUCUAAUGCCUCCCCACAAUAAUUAAUGGAGUUGUCAUAUUUUCGCAAAUCCAAAACAAAGUGGAGAAAGAAUUCAAGAAAAGAAACUGAUGGCUUUAAAUUAUUUUUAAAGCAAUGCCUGCAUUAAAACAAUAAGUUUUUGAGCUUUUGCAGUUAGAAAAAAAAACCCGCUGUUCAUGCUAUACCUUUUGAAGCAAAACCUGAGUAUUUAAAUAUAAACACAUUAGGAUUGCUUUAGUUCCUGAGAGAUUGUCUGAUAAAGAAAUAGUCUCAUUGGUCAAAAUAAUAUAGAAGCUCAUUGUCACAGCAAAGCAGGCAUGCUUUGUUUUAAUUUUAAAGAAGUAACUUGCCUGAGCAGUUUCAGCAGGACCUUUUUAACCAGCAGAAGAUGAGGGCUCUCAAGAUGUAUGCUGGGAAACUGCAUCAUUGGUGUUGACUUCCCUACUGGAUGUCUGCAGAAGUGAUUUUUGCUUUAUAGCUAUCUACAUGCAUGAGUUCUGCCAGUAUAUUUUGAUGUGUGUGUGAGAGACAAUAAGUUGUUUCUGUCAAAUUCCUUUGGUGUGCCAUUUUGGUAGAAUAGAAAAAUAUCUCUAAACUCUUAUUACAAAAAAUUAGCUCAUGAAAAAUUAAUUUUUAACAAUGUAUCAAUUUCUGAUGAGUAGACUUUUGCUGAUAUUCAAAAGAAAGUAAGCUAUCUUCCUGCAAUUAGAAACAUUAAUGUCCUUUCUUUCUGACACCUGACAUGAGUUGGACCUUGAUUCCAUACUGGCCCAUCCUUGUCUGCAUUUUCAACAGGAAAGUGUAAUGACCAGAGGUAACACUCUCUCAUGAAAUGCAAGAACAAAAAUAUUGUAAAAUGUCCAGAUAAAGCCAGAUGGGUAAUAAUUAGCUAACUCCAUUGAAGCAGAAAUGAAGACUUAUUGUAGGUCAAAUUAAAUUGGACAGUUUGACUGGAUUGAUACCCAAUAUCUGCACACAACUUCAACCAGUUAAAGGUUGUUCAUAUGAGAUCUCGAGGGAAAUUUUUUUAAAAACCCUCAAACUCAGUUACUGUUUCAGGUCAGUUUUCAGAACUCGUUUAUAAAAACAAAAACACACAUGAUCUAGAAACAGUCUGACCAAACAUACUGCUGCCUCAGUGUCAGGGACCCAGGUUCAAUUCCACCCUCUAACAACUGUGUGGAGUU